CGACAACGAGGCCUCAAAUCUGGAAGCUUAACCUUCAUUUCCCACCCGGAGCUCCGCCGGCUUCUAACCACGGCCGCUCUCGGUGAGGAAACUCUGGCCUCCGCUUCCUCCUCCUCCGACUCGGACACCGGCGGAGCGUCGCCGCCCCCGCGGAAGAAGCACCGAGCCUCGGCGGCGGAGGGAGCAGGAGAGCCCGGGGCUUCAGCAGUUGUAACAGGCCUGUCCGGAGUUGUCUUAGGACUUGCUACACACUCUCCACACUCUCAAGCCACCUCUGCCAUCCACUUUAACCGAAGUGUAGUCAACAACCUCAGCACCAGUAUGCAGGCAAACGGGGCAGGACAGGGACAAGAAUCCUCAGAGCUUUCCUGCCUUAACAGCGCACAAAACGGGGAGUCAUCCUCGGCCGGCGGAACCCACUCCAAUGGGCUUUUCUCCAGCACAGACAACGGUAACAGUGUCGGUACCAGUAACGGGUCUUCCACCGGGCCCGGUUCGGGGACUUUGGCUGCCUCUACGGCUUCAAGUUCGGAGGUCGGCUCCUUGAAAAAGAAAAAACGGCUAUCGCAGGCGGAGGAAGAUGUCAUACGAUUAAUAGGGCAACAUCUCCACGGACUAGGGCUGAAUCAGACGGUGGACCUGCUGAUGCAGGAAUCCGGCUGCAGACUGGAACACCCCUCAGCUACCAAGUUCCGCAACCAUGUCAUGGAGGGGGAGUGGGACAAGGCUGAGAAUGAUCUCAAUGAGCUGAGAGCACUGAUGCAUUCUCCCAAUGCUAUUGUGCGUAUGAAGUUCCUGCUGCUGCAGCAGAAGUACCUAGAGUAUCUAGAGGAUGGCAAAGUCCUGGAGGCUCUGCAGGUGCUCCGAGGAGAGUUGACUCCACUCAAAUACAACACAGAUCGCAUCCACGUACUUAGCGGGUACUUAAUGUGUAGCCAUGCUGAGGAUCUGAGGGCCAAGGCAGAGUGGGAGGGCAAGGGCACCGCCUCACGCUGCCGACUGCUGGACAAAUUACAGACAUACCUGCCACCUUCUGUGAUGCUGCCCCCUCGGCGGCUGCAGACCCUGCUGCGGCAAGCAGUGGAGCUGCAGAGGGACCGCUGCCUCUAUCACAACACCAAGCUGGACAGUAAUCUUGACUCAGUCUCUCUCCUCCUCGAUCAUGUCUGCAGCAGGAAGCAGUUCCCCUGUUACACCCAACAGAUUUUGACAGAGCAUUGUAACGAAGUGUGGUUCUGCAAAUUCUCAAAUGACGGCACCAAACUAGCAACUGGCUCCAAAGACACUACUGUCAUAAUUUGGCAAGUGGACCCGGAGAGCCACCAGUUGAAGCUGCUGCGAACCCUGGAGGGCCAUGCAUAUGGUGUCUCCUACUUAGCCUGGAGUCCUGAUGAUACCUACUUGAUCGCCUGUGGACCUGACGACUGCUCUGAGCUGUGGCUCUGGAAUGUUCAGACGGGGGAGCUGCGGACCAAAAUGUCCCAGUCCCAUGAAGACAGUCUGACCAGUGUGGCCUGGAACCCAGAUGGCAAACGCUUUGUUACCGGAGGACAGAGGGGACAGUUUUAUCAAUGUGACCUGGACGGUAACUUGUUGGACUCUUGGGAGGGCGUAAGAGUGCAGUGCCUGUGGUGCCUGGGUGAUGGCAGAGCAGUGCUGGCCUCAGACACCCACCAACGCAUCCGGGGGUACAACUUUGAGGACCUUACGGACAGAAACAUAGUUCAGGAGGACCACCCUAUCAUGUCUUUUACUGUUUCAAAGAACGGAAGAUUAGCUUUGUUAAAUGUAGCAACUCAGGGAGUGCACCUGUGGGACCUUCAGGACCGGGUGCUGGUGAGGAAGUACCAAGGUGUUACCCAGGGCUUCUACACCAUCCACUCCUGCUUUGGAGGACACAACGAAGACUUCAUUGCCAGUGGCAGCGAAGACCACAAAGUGUACAUCUGGCACCGGCGCGGUGAACUUCCCAUUGCUGAGCUAACAGGCCACACACGCACCGUUAACUGUGUGAGCUGGAACCCAGCCAUCCCAGGACUCAUGGCUUCCGCCUCAGAUGACGGCACAGUGCGUGUCUGGGGUCCUGCACCCUUCCUUGACUCACAAGAGGCGGAUGGACUCAACGAGAACUGCAGUAACAUGGACAGUUGAUGGUCACUUAUGGACCAGAUGACGUCUCUCUUUAACAACAAUCCAAGAAUCCCACAAUAAAACAAAAUCCAAACGGGCGAACAAAAUCUAACACCGACCUAAAGCAAGUCAAGAAUAACAAACAAAACCCACCAAGACAAAAGAGAAAACAAAAGUGAGAAGAAUUUGUCUCUUGACUGGCCUAGACAAAAUGGUGGAGUUGAUGACGGACACUCUGAAAAUUCAGGUCCUCAUCCCAAACCUGAUCCUGACCCAGAGGAAAACCAGUCAGUGCCCAGCGGGAUACCACCGCCAUCCACUGGUGAGCUGUAACAGCUGUUCUCCUCCUCCAACUGACCCUUCUUCCCCAUCUUGCUGCCUGGUCACCUGCCCCACCAGGUCCUCGCAGAGUUUCCCAGGAAACCCACCUUCACCCUGAGCUCGGAGUGUCCCUGUGAUGCCUCCAGACAAACAACGCAGACCAGCCGUCUACUCACUGGACUACGUCUGUCUGCCUGUUUGUCUCUCACAUUACCUGUAUAAUGUCUCCAUGGACAUGGGUGGGGUGUUGUUGGGGGAGGAUGGUGCAUAGGGGGAUAUAGCAACUCUUCUGUAUGUAUGUUUUCCUCUUCCCCACUCUUUUGCUGUAUUCUUCGCAUCCGAUCUGUUGGACAAAGGCCGAAAAAUCCACCAUAAAAACACUGACCGACCAGCUGACAAAGAACACAAAAAAGGCUAUGCUAAAUGUUGGAAUUUUUUAAUGAUAGUCAUAGCGUAAUUCUCAUUUAAGAGGUGAAUCUUAGCUCAAGUAGUGCCCGUGGAAAGCUUUAGCGUGAAGAUUCAACUUUCUGUUUCUCGACAUUAGGAAAAACAAACUUUUUAUUCCUUAAUUUAACUUCUAACAAGGACAGUUGCCGUAAGGUUUUCAACUGACAACUCCCAGCCCCCUCUGUCGAGCUAGCUACCGCACAACUCCAUUACAUCAAGAGGAGAAGGACAGAGGGAUUCACAGGUCACAUAUCAACGGUGAGGGGGGUCAGACGUUGUCAGUGAGGUGGGGUUUCCCCUCUGUCAGGACAUACACUAUGACCUUUCUCAAAAGACAUGCUUUCACAUGCGAAAGAGCUCAAGAGCAACUUUGAUUGCAAACCUGUGACUGCUGUCCCUCCUCUAUGUGUGUGUGAGUGUGUGUGUGUGUUUGAGAGAGAGAGAGAGUGUGUGUGAGUGUGAGUGAGAGCGAUUAUGCAUGCACACAUUAGGGAGAGUUGAUAUUUGUGGGUGCAGGUUUAAUUGGUGCGUGUUUUUGUAUGUUUGCUCAAUUCACACCAGCAGAAGACCCACCCCCCCCACAGCCCCCUCCCCAUCUCCUAACCCCAUAGUAAAAUUGUAAAGAGGAUUUUAAACCAAUUCUAAGUUAUCCAAAGCCCCAUAGGGACCUCUAUCUGUGGAACAAAGAAUACUUGAGAGCCAUUUUGUAAAAUAAGAACUUCUUUUCUUUAAUCUGGGGCUUUAAUUUUUACAUUAGAAUUUUUUUCUCCUUACCAUGUGGCAUUCAAACGGCACUGAGUUAUUUGGCAAUGUAUCAUCUUUGCAGGGGAAAGAAAAAGGACAUUUAAAAAGAGCAAAUUUGAAUGAGGCAUGUUUCAAAAAGCUGUAAAGUGUUGUGUUAUUAGCAAAGGGUCAUUUCAUAUGAGAAGUUAAUGAUUGUAAUUAUUGGACGAGUAGUUAGAGAGAAGACAAUAACCUGAACCACUCUCUGAGCCCACAGUGUUAGGGAGAGUUGUUGCAAUCCUAAAACACAGACACACACACAGACCAACAACACACACACACACACACACACACACACACACACACACACACACACACACACACACACACACACACACACACAAACAAACUGCCUUCCUGUUCAUACAGUUGCACACAACCCUUCAGUAUGUAUGACACCGCUCCAUCCACUGCACUUUGAGUGGUCUUUCCGCUCUCUUGCACCUACUGCAAUGGCAUAAAUCCACAAGGUCCUCACAGGCUUACGGUCGCCACGCUGUUCUGAUGACUUUUAAAGGUUGCAUUGGCAAAGAUUCAAAACCUAACAGGAGAUUGCAAAAGGAAUUGACUCUCCCUUACUAUGCCUCUAUGCACCCAAAAGCAGUGACUGAUUAUCUUUAUAGACGUUAUAAAAACUCAACCUCGUGCAUUUAAGGCACAGCAGCCUCAUGUCGAGGGUACUUGGAGCUUAGAGAGAGUUCAGCAUUAAGAAAACCCUUUUUGCUCUCCAGCCAAGUUAUUCAGUGGUCAGAGCACCAUUCAAAGCUUUCUUCCUCCCUUUUUCAGGGUAUGUAAUGACUAUUUGCUACAGACUGAUAUACAGUAAAACAUGUUUAAAAUCAGUGCUUUUCUGUCUGUUUUUAUUGAACUUUUUUGUUACUUAAAUUUUUUGUUCACAUUAUAUAUCAUUUUUUGGUUGACCUCUAUCCCUGUAUGAUCAUAUUAAAAUAUAACCAGACAUUUGGAGUCCUCAUUUUAUUUUGUAAUCUUAAAUAACCCCUGUCAUCUUUAUUUUAUUAUAUUUUUACAUUUCCUUUGUGUUCGGUUGCAUUUUAUCUACCACUACUAUUACAAAUGAAUAUGCACAGUAACACCCAUGCCAAUUGGAGUGGGAAGAGUUUAAAGGAAGUGUGUUACCUACAAUCAAAUCAGGUUUUGAACUAUCCACCCCUCGCCUUUAAAGAGUUUCCUUCAUGUAAAAAAAAAAAAAAAAAUCGACUUUAUUGCAUGUCUGUGUAAUUGACCGAAAUCUCUCUCUUGGUGUGCCAUUGUUGGUUGAUCUGACCCGUAUCAAAGCCAAAUCACUUGAGGCACACUGGUGUUUUCUGUAGGUUACAUGUGUCGUGGUCUGAUAUUCACACUCUGGAAACCUUUAUCUCAACUCCAGGAUGCAGAAUGGACUCCUCUCCCACAUCCGACAUUAUUUCAGAAGACUUGAGGCCAUUCAUACACUUAAGAACCCAAACAAGAGUUUCAGUAACGACCAUCAUUUACCUGCUGGUGGCAGAUGCUAUGUCUGUAUGCAACCUGGUGUCUACUCUUCUUUUGUCUGAGUUUACCAAGGGAGUUGUUUCUGAUUUAACUAUGUCUUAUUUCUCUCUCAGAGGUGACCGUGGUGGUGGGUAGGGGCUGGGUGGGGAAUACUAAGGGCUUACUGUAGCAUCUCUAAGCUCCUUGGACUAGGGCGGGAAGGGGUGAUGUGUGGCUUUGCGUUCAAUGUGUUAUUUACAAAAGUGAUUGUACUGUUUUGUAUUGUUGUGUAGGAAAAGUGUUAUGUAUGCAUAUUUUCAAUAAAGAAUUCAGGGUUUUGAAAAAAAAGGCCCGUGGAGGUUUGAUGAGGCAAGAGAUUGUGCAGGCCCUAUAGAACAAAGUUUCAGAUACCCAGAAAACUAAUUUCCUCCACCCUUAAAGACCGAAAGGGGAUCCAGGUUGGCCCUGAAUCACUGCUUUUGGUAAAGCAUGUGUCCAGGGGUCUGUAGUGGGAAAACACUGAGUUGAACUUGUGUCAAAAUUCUACUUUGUAUUCAAUCAUUUAUUUCUUGAAAGCAAUGUCUGGAGCCAGAACAUCUGGUAGGAGACUAUCUUCAAUGCCAUUAGGAAUAAUAAGAACAAUUGCCAAUAAAGUGACGUUAUUUUGAGUAA